UUCAAUUCAAAUUUCCUCAAAUAAAACCCACAAUCUCUGUCUACUCUUUCCCCAUUUACUACAAUCAUGCCAACAUCGCUAAUCUCUUUGAACCCAUCUAUCUCUCUUCCAUCAUCCUCUGCAUCUGCAUCUUCAUCUUCGUCUUCCAUUGUUACCAGUUCAAGAAUUUCUUGUUUCUAUGCUUUUAGACAAAAACCCAUCUGUUUUACCCCCUCCAAGCCUCGAUUCUUUCGUUAUGAACGAAGAAUAACAACACCCAUCAUAGUUUCUUCAGCUAAACAAGUGACGAUUGAGGAAUUGAGAAAAGAUGAUGAAGAGGGUCCUCCUUCUCAAGUUGAAUCUGAGGUUACUACUAAACCUAGGCGUAUUGCUCUCUUUGUUGAGCCCUCUCCCUUUGCGUAUGUUUCCGGGUACAAGAAUCGGUUUCAGAACUUCAUUAAAUAUCUACGCGAGAUGGGAGAUGAGGUGAUGGUCAUAACAACUCAUGAAGGGGUGCCUCAAGAGUUUCACGGAGCAAAAUUGGUUGGCUCACGAAGCUUCCCUUGCCCAUGGUACCAAAAUGUGCCACUUUCUCUUGCAUUGAGCCCUAGAAUCAUCAAUGAGGUUAAACAAUUUAAGCCUGACAUCAUCCACGCAUCAUCUCCGGGUAUUAUGGUUUUCGGCGCACUCGCUAUUGCCAAAAUGUUGUGUGUUCCUAUUGUCAUGUCCUAUCAUACGCAUGUCCCCGUUUACAUACCAAGAUACACAUUUAGCUGGCUCGUCAAACCUAUGUGGUUAGUUUUAAAGUUUCUUCACAGGGCAGCUGAUCUCACAUUGGUGCCAUCGGCUGCUAUUGCAAAGGAUCUUCGACAAGCAAGAGUAACAGCCGCUAACAAAAUCCGUCUAUGGAAUAAGGGCGUUGACUCAGAGAGUUUCAAUCCCAUUUUCCGUUCUCAAGAAAUGCGAGUUCGACUAACCAACGGUGAACCUGAUCGGCCAUUGAUUGUACAUGUUGGUCGUAUUGGUGUCGAGAAGAGCUUAGAUUUCCUUAAAAGUGUCAUGGAAAAGAUCCCGGAGGCAAGGAUAGCGUUCAUUGGAGAUGGUCCAUAUAGGGAGGACUUGGAGAAGUUAUUCGUAGGCAUGCCGGCCGUAUUCACGGGUACGUUACAAGGUGACGAGCUAUCUCAAGCAUACGCUAGUGGUGACGUAUUCGUAAUGCCAUCAGAAUCCGAAACACUCGGCCUAGUUGUCCUUGAAGCCAUGUCAUCCGGGCUGCCUGUGGUGGCUGCCCGAGCUGGCGGGAUACCCGACAUCAUUCCCGAAGAACAAGAGGGCAAAACUGGGUACCUCUACACUCCCGGAGAUCUCGACGACUGCUUAAACAAACUGGUCCCUCUCUUGCAUGAUGCCAAGUUACGAGAGAAUAUCGGGCAGGCUGCCCGUGUGGAGAUGGAGAAGUUCGAUUGGCGAGCGGCCACAAAGAUGAUUCGGAACCAACAGUAUAACGCGGCGAUAUGGUUUUGGAGGAAGAAGCGAGCUCAGCUACUGAAACCGGUGCAAUGGGUAUCAAAAAUCUUUUUCCCGAUUCAACGUCGUCAGAAGUUAACCGCAGGUGAGUUGUGAUCCGUGUCGAUAAUGUCGCUAAUUGUUAUCGAUUGUAUUGAUUAUGAUAAUUUGUAUGAUAUGGACUUCAUAGGUGUUAUGUAUGAUUUUUUAGCAUCAUAUUUGUUAGAAUUGUGGUGAGAUUGAUGAAUGGUGAAGAUCACAAUUUACUAUUGUUUUCGUUUAUA